AGACUAUCCUAGAACCACGUCUCGGAAGAUGUACAGUAUUUACGCCUGAAGUAGAAGAAAAAUUAGCUGAUGUUAUAAAAAAGAUGGCUAAUAUAUUUUAUGGUUGUACCGCAACUCAAAUAAGGAAAGUGGCAUUUGAUUAUGCGGAAAGUAUGAAUUUAAAGCAUAACUUUAAUAAAGUUACAAAAAUGGCUGGUCGAGAUUGGUUGACAGCCUUUAUGGCAAGAAAUAAUAUAUCUGUGAGGAAACCAGAGGCAACCAGUAUAAAUCGAAUAACAGCGUUCAAUAAAGAGGAGGUGCAGUUAUUUUUUAAGCUGUUGGAGGAAAUUAUGGAGAAACACAAAUUUCUUCCCAAAAAUAUAUAUAAUUGCGACGAAACCGGAAUGACAACAGUACAGACUCCAGGGAAAAUACUAGCAACAAAAGGACAGAAGAGAGUGGGGUCCAUCACCAGUUGGGAGAGAGGCAAAAAUAUAACUUUGAUGUUUGCAAUGAGCGCUGCAGGUGGCUUCAUCCCACCUAUGUUUAUUUAUCCUCGCAAGAGAAUGACUCCUCUACUUGAGAAGGAUGGUCCAUCAGGAGCACUUUAUAAAUGCUCCGACAAUGGUUGGAUAAACGAAAGUCUCUUUCUUGAGUGGCUCACACAUUUUAAAAAUCAUGCUAAACCUUCUGUGGACGAACCUGUUCUCUUGAUUUUAGACAAUCAUGCUAGUCAUUCUUCCCUACCUAUCUACGAAUUUUGCAAAAGCAACUAUAUUCAUAUGUUAUCCUUGCCACCACACACAUCCCACAGAAUGCAGCCCUUGGACGUGUCAUUCUUUGGACCUCUUAAAACCGCAUACAAAAAGGAAUGUGAUUUGCACAUCAAAAGUCAUCGCCUCGAACACAUAUCUCCAUAUGAUGUAGCUUCAUUGGUGAGGAAAGCAUAUAUUACCGUUGCCUCUAUUAACAAAGCAGAGUCGGGAUUUAGGGCAACAGGUAUUUUUCCAAUAAAUCCCCAAGUAUUUUGUGAAGAAGAUUUUAUGGCUGCUGAGAUUCUCCAAUCUGACUCUAUAGUCGUUUGCAAUGAGUCUAUUACGAUUUCUACUUGUGACAUAGAACAAGAUUCAAAUGUCAUUCCGAGCACAUCAAAACUAUUAGAUUUAUCAGCUGUAAGUGAAUCAGCGCAAGUAGUUAUCUCUUCCCCGACAUCACAAGACAAAGAGUCGUCUGAUCCUACGUCAAAUGUUCAAUUUUCCGAUUUUAUAAAAUUACCAGAGAAAACAACUGUGGCUAAAGAGAAACAGCGUCGAAAGAAGCAGCAUGCUACUGUAUUAACCUCAACUCCACUGAAGAAAGAUUUGAUAGAAAAGGAAAAUAAAAAGAUAACAAAAAUACAGAAAGAGCAAGAGAAAGAAAAAAAGAAAUGGAAAGGUAAGGGUCAGGGGAAGAAGACUAAGGUGCAGAAGGGUGAUGGUCCCCAAAGGGCAAAGAGACAGGUUCUUCAAGAUUUAAACGAUACAUCAGUCUCAGACACUAACAAUAACGACUUGUGCCAGGAUGACGAAAAUGAUGAUGCAGAAGACGCAGGAAAUAGAUGCUUGAUAUGCUGUGAAUUUGGACGAAACAAUGAGAUGUGGUACCGCUGUACCACAUGUGGAUUGUGGGCACACGCAGAAUGCACUGGAUGGGAUUCUGCCGAAGGGUACGUCUGCGAUAUGUGUUAGUUUUACUUGAUCUUCAUUUCCCACAGGCUGACCACCAUUGCCCCGAAGUAAGUGCAAUGGGAGUCAAACCUAUUUUUUUUUUAAUCUUAAUUUUUUCCCAAAGUUUAUGUACCAAAUGAUUAAAACUGAUCUCAAUUGUUAGACAAAUAAGUGUUUUUUGUUAUAAAACAUAAGCAAUAAAUAUUUGAUAUUGAAAUAAGCUUUUAUUUGAAAACUUGCUUAAGUGACUCCCAUUACCC